CGUAGCAAUACACCAAUCUCCAAUCCCCAAUGGCAACCUAAAACAACGUCCGUCGCGUUAUACGCGCAGCCACAAUCACAAAGGCACCCCGCGCCAUCCGUCAGCAGAGUUGCCAGGCCAUCGUCUACCGUGUAUACGGGACAACAAUCGCGACUAAUUACACCAGCCAAUCAGGGAAGAUCUGUUCAAGCUACCAUGGUCACUGGUAGUCCGUCCAGGUUAAUAACGCCCAUCUUACAAACUAAUCUUACCAGACAUCCAGUCGCACAAAACAGACCGCCGACACCGCAAGUAGUAACUGUGUCACAGACGUCGCAACCAACCAGAUCGUCGGCACAAACCAUUCAACCCGCUCAGUCUAGCAGACCUCUGACUACGACGGGUACGACGAAACGUAUAGCUGUGUCAACACCCAUCGCGGAGACAGCGAACAGAAUAAGCAGUGCGGCUUCGGUUACCAUCGGUUCGGUGGAACCAACAGUAGCUCGACAGUUGUCAAUUAGUGGUAACACGGUUGCCGGACCGUCGACCGUUAGCCAUAUCGUUAUUCCUUCUCAACAGGUUCAACCACAGCAAGGUGCGCCGCGUGUCGUUCAAACCGUCACGUCCUUGUCGAGCCUCAGUACUGUGUCGCAAGUAAUUACAACCACCGCGAAUACACAGUCGAAUGCGAUGCGCAUAUUGCAAACGGCUCCAACCACGGUUGCGAAAAUCGCAACCGUGCAAGGAAUGUCCUUGCACCCUUUGCCGAUCGCUCUACCGGUCAGGGCUGCAUCGGCGCCAAUCAAGCCCGCUCCCACGCAGCCUCAAAAUAUCGGACAAACCGUUCAAGUCAAACCAGCGCCGCAAGCUAACUUACGUAUGUCGUCCACCAACAGCAGUACACCCACAAGCUCCACUCAGCCGGUUCAAGGACAGUACAUACAUCCACCGCAUACGACUACUACGUAUCUCUCUUUUGAGACUACAGGAACAUACUCACAAUUGCGACAGGCUUCAGUGCAGCCAGUGAGAUUAGUUGUUGAGCCAGGAUAUGAAGAACCCCACGGGGGUAAACCUAACGCAUCUCCCAGACCAAGCAUUCUGAGAAAGAGAGAUCAUGACAAUUCACCAGUUAAAGGUGCAGCUAAAAAUUUAGUUCCUGUAUUAGCGUCCUUGCCAUCAAGUAGAUCAAUGUCCAGUCCGCCGUGUUCGCCGAAAGGAGAUCAGGAUGGUGGUGGAUGCCAAAGUUCUGGAUCCACAACCGUAUCUGCCACGUCUUCGCCGGGUCUUGACGAGGAACUUGACCAAUCCAGGAUUACAAUCAAUCCCAUCAUAGAAAUGUCACCGAGAAAAAAGCCUCGCAAGCAACAACUUACAGGUGUAGAAUUAACUGAGCCUAGAUGUACGGAGGAAGAGAUGCAAUUUAUCACGGAGGAAAAAUUGAAGAAGGAGAGCAAAGAGGAAUCAAAAGAGAAGUUGUCCGACAAAAGGCAACUCUGCAAUGUACAAAGUGAUAUUAAAUCGUCUACUCAGCAAACGGAAAUCACAAUACGGACGCGGCCUGUACCAAGUUUGUUAGGUUCUUGGAAAACCAAAUGGGAAACUAGAUUACACCAUUAUAGAAGACCUAGCGAUGUUCGACCCCGUGAGGAAAGAAGACCAACAGUUGCCGAAUUGGCGCAACAGAAACACGUAUUACAGAAACUAAAUGGGUGGAAAAUCUAUCAUCUCACCACACAAAUGGAAGAUAUUGCGGCCCUUGAAAAACAGGUUCAUGAAAAAUUAAAAACGACGCUCAUGCUACUGGAAUCGCAGCAAACUGUAAAAAGUAAACAUAGUGACGGGCUUGAGCGUGUGAAUGAACUGAUUAAGGGGAACAUGCAACGCAGUAGUUUAAUCAGCGAAGGCAUGAACGAAGCGCGUACACAGCUCGUCGCUAUAUUUCAACACAAAGGCCCUAUUACCGAUCUUCUGCAACGCUGUGGUAACAAACGAGCACAGAAAAAGAGGGACAAAUGAGCUGUCGUGCUGAAUAAAUACGUAGAACCUUUAUAAACGAACUUCGUUGAAGGAAAGUUCAAAAGGGAGCUAUUUUUUAUCUGUGUCACAGAUUCUAUAUAUAGGAAUAAAUAAAUGGUUUUAUAAGUCUAAAAGACAUGACUAUGUGUCACUAUA